CGGCUGCACCGUUCGGCGGCGUCCUACCUCACCGCAGCGCCCGAGGCGUCCGAGGCGCCGCCGUCGCCCGGCCGCGUGGCCAACCUCAGGGGCUACCUCGUGGGCCGCUUGAGCACGCUGCCCGACACAGGUUGUUGAUGGGGCUCUAGACCAUGGGGACGGUGCUGCCCAUGGUGCCGCUCAGCCAGCCCCCGCUCCACCCGACCAGCAGCCCGGCGUCGCCGUGAAGCCUGACCGCCGCCACGCGGACUCGCCGCCGCCAUGAACUCCAUACCCGUGCUGGGGAACAUUGACUGGGCCAACCUGCGGGCGACAGUAUGGGCGCGCCUGCAGGAGCCGACGGCCCAGCGCAAGCUGGUGCUCGUCAUCGUGUGCAUCGCGCUGCUGCUGGACAACAUGCUGUACAUGGUCAUCGUGCCCAUCAUCCCCGACUACCUGCGCUACAUCGAGGAGAGCGACCCGGACUGGGAGGCGCCGCCCAUCCCCAAAAACGCCACCACGCCGGCGCCGGGCAUGCCCGUGCACCGGGACCACCACGGCCAGGACACGUCGACGGGCGUGCUGUUCGCGUCCAAGGCCAUCGUGCAGCUCAUGGUGAACCCGUUCUCAGGGGCGCUCAUCGACCGCAUCGGCUACGACAUCCCCAUGAUGAUCGGGCUGGUCAUCAUGUUCCUGUCCACGGCGGUGUUCGCGUGCGGCCGCAGCUACGGCCUGCUGUUCUUCGCGCGCAGCCUGCAGGGCGUGGGCUCGGCCUUCGCCGACACGGCCGGCAUGGCCAUGAUCGCGGACCGCUUCACCGAGGAGUCUGAGCGCUCCAAGGCGCUGGGCAUCGCCCUGGCCUUCAUCAGCUUCGGCUGCCUGGUGGCGCCCCCUUUCGGCGGCGCGCUCUACCAGUUCGCCGGCAAGGAGGUGCCCUUCCUGGUGCUGGCCUUCGUCUCGCUCAUGGACGGCAUCAUGCUGCUGCUCGUCAUGAAACCGGUCAAGGAGCAGCUCCGCGAGAGCAAGGAGAUCAAGGCGCCCAGCAUCCCCAUCUGGAAGCUCAUGAUGGACCCCUACAUCGCCGUGUGCGCAGGCGCACUCAGCAUGGCCAACGUGGCGCUGGCCUUCCUGGAGCCCACCAUCUCCCUCUGGAUGGAGGACAACAUCACGACGGACAACUGGAAGAUCGGCAUGAUCUGGCUGCCCGCCUUCUUCCCGCACGUGCUGGGCGUCGUGCUGACCGUCAAGGUCGCCAAGCAGUUCCCGCAGAAGCAGUGGCUCAUGGUGGCCGUGGGGCUGGCCAUGGAGGGCGUGUGCUGCUUCUUCAUCCCGCUGUGCACCUCCUACAAGGUGCUCAUGAUCCCCAUCUGCGGCAUCUGCUUCGGCAUCGCGCUGGUGGACACGGCCAUCCUGCCCACGCUGGGCUACCUGGUGGACGUGCGGUACGUGUCCGUGUACGGCAGCAUCUACGCCAUCGCCGACAUCUCGUACUCGGUGGCGUACGCGGUGGGCCCCAUCAUCGCCGGCAGCGUCGUGGAGGCCAUCGGCUUCACCGCCCUCAACGUGGGCAUCGGCUUCGCCAACCUGCUCUACGCGCCCGUCCUGUCCUACCUCAAAGACAUCUACGACUUCAAGCCCUUCCAGAGCGAGGCCAACAUCCUCAUGUCGGACCCGCCCAACAAGGAGUACCAGACGUACACCAUGCAAGACCAGAGGCUGGUGUCCGGGGAGCUCAAGAACCACCUCGAGUACGGCCGACUACAGGACGACAACAGCACGCAGAUCGCAGAGACCAACAUCGACGCGCCGGGCAACGGGUACGCGGCGGACCAGAGCUGGGGGCAGGGCUACCAACAGCAGGGCUACCAACAGCAACAGCCACAAGGCUACCAACAACAGGCCUACCAGCAGCCUGCGCCGCAGGCCUACCAGCGGCCCGCCGCGGCCCCCGCACCGGAAGUGCCCACGAACCCCUUUAGGCAAGAAGCGCCCAGCGCUAGCAGUGGCACCAACCCGUUCAGACAAAACUGGUAAAUUUUUUUGUUGAGAUAUAUGCUAGUAUUGUAACUGCCUCAAACGGCUAGUUUUGUUUUGUGAAACAUUCACGCAUGCGUGGUUACCAUCGUUAUGAAUUUAAAGAGUCGAAUGCAAAGAUAUUUAUUGAAAUGUUAUUUGUUCGUUCAUUUAUAAUCUUAUGGUCAAGCGAUUCGACGCUAGCUUGCCAAUAAAGAAAACUGGUCAGACGUCGAUGGAAUGUAUAUAUUGUAGAACGUUGACACUGUUAAAUUUCACACGAGAAUCUCGUAAGAAAACAAAACAAGAUGUUAUUUGUUUAGUAUAAAAGAAAUCCCAAUCCUGGUUGAUUGGUCAAGAGGAAGAAGCUUCCUCAUUAUUAAUGUUGAAUGCGCAAACGUUAGUCUAGAUUGUUGCUAAUUUGUUGUUAUGAUGCCUUUGAGGCACUUUGUAUGAAUCGGUGAUAAUAGCAGAAGUGAGGUAUAUGUAAGGUUACUUAAGACUUAAGUUCAGUUUGUUUUGUUUCGAGGUUACACUGGUGAGAUCAUUUAUCGAUCCACCGUAUCGCCAAGAAAUCAUCAAACAUAUCAGGAACAUUUGUUCCAUUUAAUUGUAAGAAUCUUAAAUGUGUAAGGAGUGUAUGGCUAGGUGCAUGCAAGAGUGAAUGCGAUAUGAAUGUGAGUCAAUUGGUUUUCAAUGGGAUAAGCAUAAGUUUGAUUACACGGCAAUGCACUUUAUAAACAGUUCAGACUAUUUCGGCGCACAUCAUCGGGCGCAGAAGUAGUUUGCAACUGUAUAUAGAAUGCCACUUGCGUCUGCUUGAGGGGUGAAAAUGGCGUGUGCAAGUCGAGAAACUUAAUUUUUUAACUCUAGAUACUAUCCAUGAUGUUUCGAGCACAUAUCUUUGAAAAGACUGCCGCCGGUAGACAUGUAUCACUUCCUUCUGUUUAGCAGGUGCUUCAGAUACUACUGUAUAUAGAUGAAUCCCCUAUCCAGGCGCUCUAUGAGACGUCUGUCCCCUUAUCAUUCACUCGAGUCGUGACGUGGAUUGUUUCAAUGUCUCGUAGGUUAUCCAGACUAUGAUCUUUACUUUCAAUGAUCGGGAAUUGUGGGUUGAAAAGGAAUAUUCUGAAUAACCACAAAAGUAACGUUUACACAAAAUCUCUAGCGUUUGGUACAGUUUUGGUCACCUGCCGAGAGGAAAUUAAGUGCCAGUAGCCAUCGGCACUUUCCGCCAGAAACAAAAAGUGGCCAAACGUUAAACUGGUUAUGUAACCAAGGGGAUCCACGCACAAUUAAACAUCCAUUAUUUUUUUCAAACGCCAUGGGGAAAUCCUGUCUGGCUCCAAGAGUGCGGCUGUCCACGCGGAAGCAAUAAAAUUAGUAUAUUUUCUCUUGUGAUGUUAUCAUUAUUGUAGAUUAUAUCAAUGUAGUUAAAAAUGUGUAUGAUUUUGGAAUUGUGUAGCAUAGGCGAGAACCUUUCAAAUGAUCUGAUCAUUAUUUCCUCAUCAUUACCUUCAACAGCGUAAGAUUGCGAAGUUUCGUAGCAUGUAAGCGAGUACCUCAAAACGCUGUUCAGUGGUGCAUUUUCGUCACGACCUGUGCUCAGCAAACACCAUGGUGCAGCCGUUUGUAAUUACAAUUGUACUUUUGACGUGUCGGCAAUGCUUAGCUUUUUAGGUGGCUAACUCCCUUAUUCUUUCACUUCCACAAAAGCAUGCGUUUUGAAGAUAAUCCUGUUGUGCAUUACGCAAGCGUGUUUUGCAUAAAAAUGUAAUUAUGAGUUGUAUGAAGAUCUUCAAUGUUUAAACUAUCGAGUUACUAUUUUGCCUUACUACGUGGUGGUUGUAAAAUCAAAUUAUCUGUACAUAAGUAAACGCAAAUUAUUUUAUGAUUGCGGUAAGAAAGAAGUUUAUGUCGCUAAAUUCAUAUUUUGUUAACGUGAUAAUAAUAGAUGCAGUGGCAUAGCUGCACUUUUGCAAUUGUGCUGGUAAAUCAAAGAGUUUUGAAAUUUUGACAAGCUACUUGUUACUUAUCAAUCUGUUAUUGUUGGCCUGUUGUGUAUCGAUAAAUUCUUCUAACAGUCAGUAUCAUAUCAUCGUUAAUGUUCACUGUUUAAAGGCUGUUUCUGCAGUUUAUGAGUUGAAUAAUAGUAAAUCGUUUUAAAAAGAAUGGUGUACGCAUAGUGACAAACUAGUAUGGAAUUCAGAAAUUAGAUUAAGACAUUGGUGCAAAGCCACAAUGAAACUGUGUUCGGAAGACCUCAUUCAGAAUAAGUACAGCUACAGAAAUGAAAAAAUAUAAUCAGCGAAUUUAUUUAUGUGAAAUAAAUGCACUGCCAUAAAAGUCAGUACACCGAAUUUAUUGAUUUAACUCGGUCUUUAAAACUCCCAAAGUACAACUUGCAGCUACACAUCUGAAUCAGUAUUUGGCACGAACACGUUACUGCAUCCAACUGUGAGCUGCGGACAUUAAAGAUUUUAGACACACUGUUGUGUCGCUGAAUCAAGUAUUAUAUUUAUAAUAGAUCACUAAUUCGCGUUUAAUGCUUCAUUAUUCCGCUUGUAUAACAAAACUUGUAUGUGUUUAGAAAAUUUUCAACCUUUUAGUCCUGGGUGCCAGAGUACAGUGAUGCCGCGAUGGUAGACAUUGCAAGAUUCCUCUCGUAAAAAAUAAUGUACGUUAAACUGUAAAUAAAACAUAGUUAUUAAAAUAAUA